AUGGAUGUUCACCUUCUUGUCUAUGACCUCUCUGGUGGUCUUGCCCGCCAGUUGUCAAUGAGUCUGCUAGGAUUCCAGCUGGACGCCAUCUAUCACACCUCGAUCGAGCUGGACGGAGUCGAGUAUGUCUAUGAUGGCGGCAUCAGUACUAUCCGCCCUGGAAGUUCGCAUCUCGGCAAAGCGUUGGAGCGGAUACACCUCGGGAAAACAGAGUUGCCAAUUGAGGUCAUCCUCGAGUAUGUCGAUUCGCUGCGGAGCAUCUUCACUCCCGAAGCAUAUGACUUGUUUCGACACAACUGCAACAACUUUAGCAACGAUUUCGCCACCUUUCUACUCGGCAAGGGCAUCCCGGCGCAUAUCAGCAACAUGCCACAAGCCGUGUUGGACUCUCCUUUUGGCAGAAUGCUGCAACCGCAACUGGAACAGAUGGUUCAGGCCAGGAAAGCCCAGCAAGGUGGAUUACUGGGCAUCCAGAGCGACCCAAGAGUCAACUCAUCAGCAUCCUCACACACCCAGAGUUCAGCAAUCAAUGGUCAUGUUACCAAAACGAACACGGUCAAGAUCGUCACUAGUCUGCAAGAGCUGGACAGGAUCAUGGAAGCUGCCAAGAAGUCGUGCGCCGUGAUCUUCUUCACAUCGGCAACUUGCCCACCAUGCAAAACACUCUAUCCUUUAUACGAUGAACUGGCAGCUGAAAUGGGUGAUCGUGUCACACUGAUCAAGGUAGAUACAUCACAAGCAUUUGACGUUGGACAACGUUACGGCAUCAGGGCCACUCCAACUUUUGCCACAUUCAUCCACGGAGAGGAACAAGAAAGGUGGGCAGGUGCUGAUGCUGCGCGCCUGCGAAGCACUGUCAAACUCCUCGUAGAGAUGGCCAAUCCAAGACACCCGCACGAGGGUCUUCACGUACCACAGUUCCAGAACCUCGAAGUGUCGCCGGUCCUAUACACCAAGACUCCGCCUCUGGACAAGCUCAUUUCCAAGAUGGGAUCUACCUCGAGCAAUCCUUCGGUUCACGGUUUGAAGCAUUUCAUUGAGGCUCGGACAACACAAGGACCAGCACAGGCUACUUUACCUGACCUGAGAGGCUUCUCAGCACUACUGCGCGGAUCCGAGCUUCCACUUGAGGUCAAAUUCACAGUCGUGGACCUUUUUAGAUGCGCGCUCGUCGAUGCAAGAGUCAGUGGAUAUUUUGCAGAAGAGGCUGGGCACGAGACGGUCACCGCGGUGCUAGGAUAUGCCAAUAGCCAGGGUUCAGAUUGCCCUUAUGCGCUCCGACUCGUGACGUUGCAGAUGGCUUGCAAUCUAUUUUCAACUCCAUUAUAUCCUGAACAGAUACUUGCACAGCCCAAGUUACGGGACCCAAUCAUACAGCUCGUAUCAACCAGCUUCUUGGACGAUAGCCACAACAACAUCAGAGUUGCAGCGUCUUCGCUGCUCUUCAACAUUGCCACAACAGUCAGCAGACAAAGAAGAGCAGGCCCAUCUGAUACCACACUCCCAGAAUCCGACCAAGUGGAGCUUGCCGCGUCUGUUUUGGAAGCCAUCACGCAGGAGACUUCAUCUUCCGAGGCUCUUCAUGGAAUGUUGCUGGCGUUGGGCUACCUUGUUUAUCGUGCUCCCUUGGAUGGGGAGUUGGUGGACCUUUUGAGGACAAUGGAUGCCAAGGAUACAAUAUUGGCCAAAGCAAAACAAUUUCCAAAGGAAGAAUUAAUCAAAGAAGUUGGUGAAGAGUUGCUAGGUAGAGGUCUAAAGCAUCCUUAA